AUGGGAUUUCAGGACCUCCUGCAUCAAGCUGGUGGCCAGGGGAGAUUCCAGAUUCUUCAGAUGGUUUUCCUUCUUAUCUCCAAUGUCUUAGUGCAAAUGCAUAUUCCUUUGGAGAACUUCACUGCUGCCAUCCCUGGUCAUCGCUGCUGGGUCCACAUACUUGACAAUGACACUAUCUCUGAUAAUGGCACUGGGAUCUUCAGCCAUGAUGCCCUCCUGAGAAUCUCCAUCCCAUGGGACUCGAACCUGAAGCCAGAGAAGUGCCGUCGCUUCCUCCACCCCCAGUGGCAGCUCCUUCAUUUGAAUGAGUCUUCCCUCAACGCAAGUGAGCCAGACACAGAGCCCUGUGUGGACGGCUGGGUGUAUGAUAAAAGCACCUUCCCCUCAACCAUUGUGACUAAGUGGGACCUGGUAUGUGAAUCUCAGUCACUGAAAUCAGUGGCUCAAUUCCUAUUCAUGUUUGGAAUGCUGCUGGGCGGCCUUAUAUUUGGCCACCUCUCAGACAGGUUUGGGAGGAGGUUGAUUCUCAGAUGGUGUUUCCUCCAGGCGGCCAUUGCUGACACAUGCGUGGUCUUUGCUCCCUCCUUCCUUGUUUACUGCUCACUGCGCUUCUUGGCUGGGUUUUCUACCGUGGCCCUCCUGUCAAAUUGUGUUGCACUCAUAAUAGAAUGGUCAGUGCUCAGAUUCCAAGCCAUGGGGAUGACGCUGGUAACCUGUUCCCAUAGUAUUGGACAUAUAAUCCUGGGAGGCCUGGCUUUUGCCUUUCGAGAGUGGCACACACUCCAGCUGGUGGUGUCUGUACCAUUUUUUGUCCUCUUUCUGUCCUCAGGGUGGCUAGCAGAGUCUGCUCGAUGGCUGAUUGUCAACAAUAAACCAGAUAAGGGCUUAAAGGAACUUAGAAAAGCUGCACACACGAAUGGAAUAAAGAAUGCUGGAGAAACUCUGACCAUGGAGGUUUUGAGAUCCACCAUGCAGAAGGAGCUGGAGGCAGCACAGAACAAUCCUUCUGUGUAUGACUUGUUCCACACACCCACCCUGCGUAAAUGGAUCUGCCUCACAGCUUUUGUGAGAUUUGCAAUCAGUAUGCUCCAUUUUGGCCUGUUGCUCAACAUCCAGCACCUGGGGAGCAAUGUUUUCCUCUUCCAAGUUCUUUUUGGCAUCAUCUCCCUCCCAGGCAGUUGUCUGGCACUUUUGGCAAUGAAUCAUAUCGGCCGUGCAGGAAGCCAGACCAUUUUCAUGUUCCUGUCGGGUAUUUCUAUUCUGCUCCUCACAUUUGUGCCUCAAGAAAUGCAGACCCUGAAUGCGAUUUUGGCAACUUUGGGAAUGGGCACUUCUUCUACCUCUGUCACCUGUUCUAUUGCCCACACCAACGAACUUUUCCCCACAGUAUUCAGGGCAAGAAUUUCAGGAAUCCUUGUAAUAACCACUUGUGUUGCGGCAGCCCUAGCUCCCCUCUUGAUGACCCUAGCAGUGUUUUCUACCCACCUACCCUGGAUCAUCUAUGGAGUCUUCUCCAUCCUGGCUGGCUUUGUUGUCCUUCUCCUGCCUGAAACUAGAAAUCAGCCUCUGCCUGACACCAUCCAGGAUGUGGAAAAUAAGAGAAAAGGCUUAAGAAAAUCAAAGCAAGAAGAUACCUGCAUGAAAGUGACACGGUUUUAA